AUGACGGAAGCGAAAUGGAUGGUCAAGCACGAGGCAAAAGCACCCAAAUCUUCUAGAAAUUCAAACACCAUUUCGACCGCUGUACAAAACGUUGUGCUACCAAUGCUGCUCAUCACGAAAGAAUCGGAGUUACAAAGUUUUCUCGACAAGAACAACAACUCAUUUGGUCCUUCAGGAAAGACAUGUGUCGGCGUGCACUUCCAGUUUGCAGGGCCGUACGUCGACCAGAACGAGCCCGACCAAGUGGUGGCAAUUGCUAUCUCCUCUUGUGCACCCGACGAAGUCGCAGUGCUGGUGCUAUUGGCUUCCCUCAGUAAAAGCCGAGUCAUCACGGGACUCAAGAGAUUGCUGGAAGAUUUUUCAGUCAGCAAAGUAAUGCACAACAUCCACCGGGUCGCGUUUUGGCUUCAUAGUUUCGGUUUAGAAAGACCCACGCUCGCAAAGUGCGUCGACUUGCAGCUGCUGUUCGAGAGCACGGUGGACAAGACCGUGAUGAAUGCGACAAUCUUACAGAUUGUCAACUGCUGCUCGCCAGACAUGGCAACAAAAUUUGCGCAAACCGCGUACUCGUACAAAGCGAAAAUUGAUCCCUUGCGUUCAAGAAAGUGGACAAGUGGACCGUUGUCCAAAAAGCUGCAGCAAGCGCUAGUUCAAAGCGCACAGUUGUAUGCGAGUUGUUACACUGAUAGUCAGGCUAAGCCAUCAGUGAAAGUAAACUGUGCAACGAUGACAAGUGACCGGUGGAAAUUUGCCAUCACGAACCAGGGACACCCAGCAAUUUGGUUUGACCCUGAGCACUAUUACCAGCCACGCAGUCUCGAAUGUCUUGUUUCAACUGCUGCUGACAAUUCCACGGUGAUACCAGCCCCGAAGCUUGAGCUCGAAUGUGAGCUGGAGCCACUGCUAAAUCUUCUUCCUGCAUCUUUUAAAGAUGCCAUCCUCGCCCUCAACAACUACCACGACCUCAUUGAUAUCUGUAUCGAUACGGGCCGCGUUCCAUUCGCGUACACCGGCAAGAAACAGCGUGUUGUACUCAGUAAGGACGGUGCUACAGUGUCAAAAGAUACGAUCGCCGAGAUCCUUACGAACCUCGGCGGAGAAAUGCGGAUUGGUAGCGACAACCGAGCCGGCAUUGACAGGCAAUUGCACCGCAUCUCGGUCAUGCGUAGCAAAACCGACGAGGUGUUCGGUCUUACUAUGCGCGUUGGUCGAGCACUGCGUAAUGCCGCAUGCGUGCUGACCGAUUUGCUACUGAGCGAGCACCAUGCUAACAAGUCGGUGUUGGUGCUGGGCCAUCCUGGAUCUGGCAAGACGACGCUCAUCCGAGACGUGGCGAGGUGUGUGUCGGACACGAUGGAGAAUGUGUGCAUCAUUGACACGUCGAACGAGAUUGGCGGUGACGGUCUGGUGCCACACGCAUGCGUGGGAUGGGCACGACGCAUGAUGGUUCGUUCUCUAGAGGCCCAGGCAGGUGUGAUGAUCGAGUGCGUGCAGAAUCACACGGUGGAGACGCUGAUUGUCGAUGAAAUUGGUCGGAAGGCCGAAGUGUUGGCUGCAUCGACAGUACGUCAGCGUGGUCCGCGGUUGAUUGCAAGUGCACACGGUGACUUUCGAGCAUUGAUUAAGAAUCCGGACCUGAAGGGCUUAGUGGGUGGCUCGCAGCAAGUGACUGUAGGCGACGCAGAGGCCAAGGCAUCACACAAGAGCAAACUACAGAUACAGCGAGCUGGCAAUCCAAUUUUUGAUGUGAUUGUCGAGCUCGAUCAUGUUAUUCGUGGCCGAUGUCGAAUCAUUUGGGAUGUUGCACAGGCGGUAGAUCAUGUGCUUGAGGGAAAUGGCUACAUAUAUGAGACACGACAGUGGGAUGUGAAUACGUUGGGUGUAGUUCAGCUGCGGUAA